AUGUCUAAAAUUAUUAUUGGUUAGUGGGCUUCAGCUGGAAAGCUUGUACCAAUUAAAUUGUUACUAGAAUUAGCAGGUGCUUAAUAUGAAGUAGUAAAUUACUCAAAACCUGAUGAGUGGUAUGCAAAAGACAAGUUAAUUCUUGGUUUACCAUUCCCUAAUUUACCUUAUCUGAUUGAAGGAGACAUUAAAUUGACAGAGACUGAGACUAUUUUUGACUAUUUGGUAUAUAAACUCAAAAAAAAUGAUCUUUUAGGUUAAGAAAAAGAUAAAUUCAUUGUUGGAAAUAUUAGAAAUUUAUUUUCUGAUUUAUACGCAAAAUUCAGCUAGUUUAUUCAAAAACAAGGAGAUGAAAAGCAGCAAAUACUAAAUGAGCAAAUCAUUCCCAAAAUCAAAGACAUCCAUAAAUAUUUGAACAAAAAAGAUUAUUUGCUAGGUUACUUUACUGUUGCUGAUUUAUAUUUGUUUCCUGCAGCUCUACUUUUGAAACAAAACCUUCCUCAAGUAUACUCUGAGUUUGCAAGUUCAUUUGACCCAUUUUUAAUAAGAAUAUAACAAAUUCCUUAAAUAGCAGCCUAUCUUUCUGAUAAUAGUAAAGUUUGA